AUGUGCAGUCCAAGUAUUUGUACUCCGGCGGUUGCGAUUCUCAGAUCAGCACCAUCAAAAAGCAUUCUGGAGCGCAUUCAGGUGAGUUCUUGUGGUCUUCCACUACUGGUUGUUCGUUCAUACCUGCAGCUUGUUGAGGAAUUUUAUGACGGCGAAUGCAAACAUAUGCUUGACUUGAUUACGGCUGUUAAGUAUUACAUGGAACCGCUUCGACGCCUUUCUAUCCUAGAGCCCACCGAAAUUCACAAACUCUUCUAUACCAUUGAUAGACUGUUACCUGUUUUUGAAGAUUUCGUUUUGCGACUUUCUCGUGCCAUAGAGAUUGAUUCGUGCGCUCCCCUAAUUGCACAAGUUUUUUUGGAGUGGCUGAACGUUCGCUACUUGGGAAUUCCAUCGGAGGAAGACUGUUCGACCGCACACGAUAUACAGCAUAAUCCAACGUCUGUGGAAACACCCGCUUCAACCGGCUUCUCUUUCGUUGCUGAGUUAAUCAUUGACUAUGUGGCUCAUUUGUUCGAGUCACGGGAGUAUUUGGAGGCUUUGAUUCGACAUCGGGCGAAAUUUUCUGAAUUCCUAUCCAGGUGCAGUACUACUUCUUCUAAUCAGCGCCUGGAUUUGUGGCAUUUUCUGAGUAACUCGGAAGAUCAGGGGGCAAGGUCAGAGCGGAAACAAUCAAAGUUUAGCUUCACAACAGUGGAAGUCCUCUUUUUCCAUUUUCUCACAGCUUGUACUCGAACUCGGUUCACCCGCUAUUCACUUCUGUUUGAUCGACUUUUGGAUAUGGUAGUGCUACCUCCAGAUGAUGCGGAGCGAUUCUCCGUUUACACUGCCCGUCAUGAAGCGAAGCGAAUAACAGCCGAAAUCAAUCAGCGCGCUGGUGAAGCACAAUGUUUAUUCCAGUUGAAACGAAUUCAGGUGGACCAGUCCUGUGAGUAUAAGGACGUCAUUUUCAGGCAGAACAAGCUGCUGCUUUCUGGAGACUUGCGCGUUCGCCGAACCGUGGUACACACUGUUAAACGUGGUCUGAAAAAAUGGAGGAUCAGUUGGCCCAUUACGUCAGAAAGGACGCGUGUCAAGGCGUUCUUAUUUCCUGAGGUGCUUCUUCUGGCUGUACCCCUCUCCAAGAUGAGCAGACGAGACAGACUGAAGAGUUUGUUCAGUGUAUUUACCUCUGCCAGUCCACUUCCGGACAGAAGCAUACGGCUGAGACCGGACACCUCCGUAUUCAGGGCACGACCUCAUUGGUUAUGGUGGUUGCCAACCGAUAGCUCAAAGGGGAACGAUACUGGUCAACCGUUGUGUAUCUCGUCCUCUGUUUUCGAGUUCAGCUGUACAGACGACCAGUUCAGCCUGGUUCCACAUUACAUCAAACGCUAUCGAUUGUUUGGAGAUGCCAUCAUUCUGAAAGAUUUCAUUCUGGAGGAUUUAACCAAUAAUAACGAAAAGCAGAAGCCAUUCACCUUAAAACGAAUCGCUCUCAAUCGGCUUCUUGUUCUCAGUGUUUUCAUCCGAGGCAUUCUGGGACGAAUGUUGGCUGAUUCGAAAUUCCGUGAACUGAUCUCACUGCCCCUAAGCACAUCCGUUCUACAAGGGUUGACGCGGUCGGGAUAUUAUACCGUGGGAGAAGUUUCUGGCGCGACUCCUGAGAAGCUGGCAUCUACAUGCGGUAUUGAUCUGGACGCUGCUAGAGAUGCACUUCAUGUGAUUCAUCGGUAUCAGGACCUGACGAAUUUCCAAGAGCCCGGCAUCCCAUCAUUUCUUCGUGAUAUUCCAACAGCAUACGAAUUACUAAACGCAUUCGCUUCUCCUCAAGGCACCACAGCGAUCCCAGAUGUUAUCGUGAGCAUGUGCCUCAGCUUUGAUGAAAUGCUCGGCGGUGGCUUCCCGACUGGAAGACUGACAGAAUUAUGUGGUGAGCCUGGCGUUGGGAAAACGCAAUUUUGUAUUCAAACCUGUCUUACAGUACAACUACCUCGGUGGUUUGGUGGCCUGGAAGGAGAGGCUGUCUUUAUCGAUUCCGAAGGAAAUUUCGUACCCCGAAGAGCAAAACAGAUGGCCGAAUCCCUGGUUGCCCAUUGUCGACGACAUGUGAAGCUUGAUGGGGAUGACGAACCAGUAACGGAGGAAUUCCGUAAUCAUUAUUGCCCCAACGUGGAUGGCUUACUGUCCGGAAUUCAUUACAUUCGUGUGACUGAUCAUUUACAACUCUUGGCCACAUGUAAACGACUUCAUCAGUUUUGCGAACAACAUCCUAAAGUGAUCCUCACAAACCAGAUCACGACGCGUAUCGAAACACGGGUCAAGUUGGACGAGAAUCCACCGGGAUCGAACGACACUUCGUCCACCGGACGGCUGGUCCCGGCUUUGGGUGAGAGCUGGGGACAUAUAUGUGCUGUACGGAUAUUUCUCACCAGGUCUUCCGAUGUAUAUCGCCAGUGCAAGUUGUUAAAGCAUCCAGGACGUCCGUUUGGUUCGGGAAUUUAUCAGAUCACU